AGGUGACUCUCCGACCGCGUUUGAGUGUGAACCGUGAAAUUGGGUGUCGGUGAGCGAGACUGUGAUCGUGAUGGCAUCGAACUGUAAUAUCCUCUUCACGGAGUCUGGCCCCAAUGGCCUCUACAGUGGGUGCCAGGUGGAUAUCCGUCGGACAGAUGGGAGAAUUCACUCUGCAGUUGUGUCAAGCAUUAAUAUGGAUGUUGGCAGUGUUACUGUGGAGUGGUUUGAGAAGGGGGAAACCAAGGGCAAAGAGAUUGAAUUUGAGGCCCUCAUUGAACUCAACCCUCAGAUUCUUGCUCCUGAGCCUCAGACCCUUCCACAUCCAAAUAAGCUGCAACGAACUGGAGGGGUCGUAGGACAGGUCAAGGACCCACAAUAGCUCCACAUCCUACGACAAAUGGACAUCCAGAACCUAUGGCAACUACCAUGAUGAAUUCUGUUACACCCAUAGUGAAUGGGGCAGAAUCCAAGGGAACCAUCACAAAGGCUUCCUCCCUUGCUCCUCCCACAACACGGCGACGAAGCAACGUAGUGAAAGAGGUCGAAAAGCUCCAAAAGAAACGGGAAGAACGAAGGGCAAAACAGGCUGAGCAGAAGGUUCAGAGAGAAGAACUCAUGAACUUGGACCCUGGGAACCCAAAUUGGGAAUUCCUUGCCAUGAUACGAGAAUAUCGCAUGAGCUUUGAGAUGCGCCCUUUGCAGGAUGGAGAUCCGAUUGAGGAUCAUCAGAUAACUGUAUGUGUCAGGAAGAGACCUCUGAAUAAGAAGGAGAAUCAGAGAAAGGAGGUGGAUGUAAUAACUGUCCCCUCAAGAGAUCAAAUCAUUGUCCAUGAGCCGAAAACCAAAGUGGACCUCACGAAAUACCUGGAAAAUCAGAUUUUCCGCUUUGAUUAUGCCUUUGAUGAGAGUGCAAACAACCUGCUGGUCUAUAAGUUUACUGCAAUGCCCCUCGUUGAGACUAUUUUUGAGGGGGGGAUGGCAACUUGUUUUGCCUAUGGUCAGACAGGAAGUGGGAAGACCCAUACUAUGGGUGGUGAUUUUGUGGGCAAGAACCAAGACAGCACCAAGGGUAUUUAUGCCAUGGCCACCAAGGAUGUUUUCAGACUGCAGAAGUCACCUCGCUACAAAUCUUUACAUCUUACUGUUUCCUGCAGUUUCUUUGAAAUCUAUAGUGGGAAGGUUUUUGAUCUGCUAAACAGUAAAGCCAAGCUUCGUGUUCUCGAAGAUGGGAAGCAACAGGUUCAAGUUGUUGGGCUCACAGAGAGGCAUGUUGAGGGUGUGGAAGAUGUUCUCAAGCUCAUUCAAGUGGGCAAUGCAGCCAGGACAUCAGGUCAAACAUCAGCCAAUCAGCACUCAUCAAGGUCGCAUGCAGUGUUCCAGAUCAUUUUACGUUAUGGUUCUACUCAUCGACUCCAUGGCAAGUUCUCAUUAAUAGAUCUGGCAGGAAAUGAAAGAGGUGCCGACACGCAUUCAUCCAACAGGAACACUCGAAUGGAGGGUGCUGAGAUAAACAAGUCCCUACUGGCCUUGAAAGAGUGUAUUCGUGCCCUUGGGAGGAAAGGUGCACACUUGCCAUUCCGUGCCUCCAAGCUCACUCAAGUUCUGAGGGACUCUUUCAUUGGCGAGAAGUCAAGGACAUGCAUGAUUGCCAUGAUCAGUCCUGGUAUGAAUUCAUGUGAGCACAGCUUGAACACUCUUCGUUAUGCGGAUCGUGUGAAGGAACUGGGUGCUCAAGACCCAACAGGAAUGAAGAGUGACAUCAGAACUAUCAAGGAGGAAGAGGUGAUGGAAGAAGAUGAUGACAUGGCUCAGCUGCGCUCUCUCAAUGAGGAAGACUAUGGUGAUGACUUCUUCAACCUUCAAGAGGCUUUCAACCAAAUCACAGAGCUAGAAGAUGAAGUCUUGGAUGAACAUAAACUCUUUGAUGAUAAUAUGAAGAAGUGGAUGAACAUGAAUUCUGCUCUCCUCCAGAUGAGCAAUGAAGUUGGCUAUGAUGUAGAUGCAUAUGCACAGCAAAUGGAGGACCUUGUUGCUGAAAUCAUGGAGAAGGGUCAGAGAUUCAAGAUGAAAAUAUCUUCUCUCCGAGACAAGCUGGCUGAGGAAGAGAAACUCAGCAGGAGUGUGAAUCGGAAAUGAGGAGAAGACUGAUUUUGUCCUCUUGCAUCACAUUUUCCUCCUCAUAUUUGUGAUAUUUUUUGCUCUUUUUUAAUUGAGUGAUGUUUUACUUAAUCUCUUUCUGAGGGUCAGUGAAGAGAGAUGGUGGCACACCUCAUUUCAUCAUGAUCUAUUCAUGUAUUUAGCCUGAUUCAUUCAUUCUUAAGACUGUGACUGAAUCAGGAUAGAUAAUGUUGAAUAGUAAUGAUUGCUGAUAUGAAAAUGAUGCUCUUGUUUUUUUUUUUGCAGGCAGUCUAACUUAUGAUUUUCUUAUGGAUUGACAAGAGUUGUGAUAUAAAAAAAAGGAAUUCUGCAGGAAGGACACUUGAUUUGACACUUUUUUCUGCUUUUACUUUUGGUCUAAAAUUAAAGUUUGCUUCCAAGCCCAAACUGGCACAAAAGGAAGGGAAGAGAAUGGCAGUAGUGUAUCUGGUAUCCUUCCUGCAUGAGUUCAGGUAGGCCUAUGCAAUUGCUGUGCAUGUCUGUAAGCAUCUGAGUUUGGAAUAAAAUUCAUGCCUUCACCUUGUAG